AUGACUACUAGAAAUGUAAAAAUUCUUGAACCCUCUACUGCUUUGAAGAAACCCCAUUAUAUGACUAGCCUGUACCUUGAUCCCAUUAAUGUCGAACCUAAUGUUAGUACUUCUGAAGAAUGUCCUGCUAUUCCAAAUAUUAUGGGAGAUGUUGAAGCCUCUGAAACCAAUAAUAGACCUAGAGACGAUGUAGAUAAGAAUAUUCGUGUGCGGAUCUCUCAACUUUUGGGUAUUAAGCCUAAGACCGGUGUUGUUCCGAACGUCUCCACAUCCUUGGCCCAACCUGAUUACACUACUAAAAUCCCUCUGAGUAAAACUGAUGUCAAUGUGUCUACUCUGUCUCUUGAAAAAUCGAAAGACAAAGAGGAGUAUGAUGGGAUACUGACUCUAGGAAUAGCUAAAAGAUUGAAGAACAAAAAAGGUCAAAGUAUUGAAUCCUCCAGCAGACCCUCCAAAUCUCUCAGGAAAAGAGCUAGUGUUGGCCCUACAAAAAGAUGGAUCAAGGUUGUUACUCUUGUUUCUAAAAAUAAAUUCCUUAAGAGGAAGGAAGUUCCUUCUGAGUCUAGUGGAUCUUACCAUGAUAUCAAACACAAUGUUCAGGACAUCGUUUCUACAACCAGAAAGCAGGAAUCUGAGAAGAAGAUUCCAGUAAAUAUUCCUGAAGUUGCAAUUGGCAACAUUUCCUUUCACUCUGUGGAGAAUGUUGAAAAAUGGUAUUUUUUUUAUCAAAGAAGAUUAACACUAGAAAGAGAAAUGGGAAAAUAUGCUUUUGAAUGCAAAAAGGUGAUGAGUCUGAUUCAAGAGGUUGGAUUAAUGAAAACUGUGACUGGAUUUGGUAAGUGUUAUGGAAUGCUUGUUAAAGAAUUUAUUGUGAACAUAUAUAAGGAAUAUGACAACAAGAGGAGCAAGAAGUUUAGAAAAGUAGAGAUUACUGCUAAACAAGUAAAGGAAUGGCCAAGGAAAGGGAAGCUGUCCGCAAGUGCUUUGAGUGGGAAGUAUGAUGUACUUCACAUGAUUGGGACUACUAAUUGGGUUCCAACCAACCACACUUCCAACAUUGCUAUGAAAUUAGGUAAGUUUAUUUAUAUUGUAGGGACCAAGUCAAGUUUUGAUUUUGGAUCCUAUGUCUUUGAUCAAACUAUGAAGCAUGUUGCCUCUUAUGAUGUGAAGAUGCCAAUAGCUUUUCCCUCAACAAUUUGUGGUGUUAUUCUGAGUCAACACCCAAGUAUCUUAAUCAGUUCUGAUAGUGUCUGCAAAAGAGACCCUCCUCUCUCAUUACAUUAUAGGCUAUUUACUGGGAAACAUGUUUCAGACAUUGUCAUGACAUCUGGACAUUACUCUUCUAGGCCUACUCCUAGAACAAGCAUCCUUGCUAAGCUAAAAGAUACCUGCAAGACUUUGGAUGAAACUAUCAAAAGUUGUAUUGAGAGGAAAAGCAAACUUGAAAGUUUGAUAAAGGCCUUGUCUAAAGAAGAAGGAAUUUUGAAAGAUGAUGGAAUAGGUGAGGAAGAUGCAAAUGAAGAAGGUUCUGAUGCAAGUGAUGAUGAACACAUUACUGAAGUUGAAUCUGCACUUUGA